AUGGCAAAACAGAAGCCGGAGAUUCGUCGGUUGGUCGACUUCAAUGUCAAAACCAAGAAAUCGGUCAACGAUACGCCCAUCGCGAUCGAUUUACUGAAUCGAGCUUUGGAAAGAAGACCCAAAACAAAGUCUAAUGUUCAACACAUAGUUCAGGAUAAAGUCAAAAAGUCGGCUCUGAAGCGGACGCAUGAACCAAAGACAGUAUCAGUCGCAGGACUUUUCAGGAAACAUGCCAAGCCAGCUGUGCGAAGUGGAAAGAAACGCAAGGAACCCACACCAGAACCUGGUAUGAUGGAUACGCUACUUGAUGGCAUCGACCAAGCGCGAACUUCCAUAUCGGAUCAACUGGCUACGGCACUUUCCACAACCCAUGGACACUUCAAAACCGAAAUCGCCAGAUCCCACGCCGAGGACGAAAAUUUCCGUGAAGCUACGAAUGAAUACCUCACGACGCUUGGAGCACCUCUCGCCGAAGAAGAAGUCGAAACCAUAACGAAGAAAAACGGAAAGUGCAUUACAGCCAUUGUGAAUAUGGGCCAACGCACGACGGAAUUUGGUACUAUUGUCGAAAUCGAAUCUGCGAAAUUGAAGGAGCUCUGGAAACAAUGGGAUGAUCUACAGAAUGAGUAUCUGGAACAAGGUGUUGAGGUGUUUGGGCCAGAGAAGUUCGGAGAGGCGGCGGAAUUGGUCAAAGGGAAGCGAAAAGGGUUUAAAAUGGAGAUGGAGUUGAUUGAUGGGGAAUUUUCAACUACUGUUCAGGAGUUGAAGGAAGAGAUCGAGGAUCUAAGUAAGGCGGAUUUGCAGAAGAUGAAGAGUUCAGAAAAGGAGCUCGAGAUAAUGAUCAAAAGAGAACAAGCGAAGAUGUUGGCAUCUAUUGCGCAAGCCGAUUACUGA